AUGGGCUGGGUAGGCGUAGGGGCCCUUGUUGCCUCAAUCUCCUUCUUGCUCUACAAGCGUCCUUUGGGAUCAUGGAACCUUGCGCCUCUCCACGAGUUGUUGAGAAACACCCUAGGAAUACCAACCUUGUUACAGGACAACUCUUCAUCAUACCAACCCCCGCCUAAGACAGAAUCAAUUCAGAACGAGUAUGGGUUAUCCAGAGGAGAAUUUGAGGAUAGCGGCGGCCGAACCUACUCUAGAUCCGGUGGCUCUACUCCGAAAGCGACAUCGAUGCAACCCCUCUCGAUAGAUGUGCCGAUCCUAAAUUUGGAGGAAAGCCCGGCGUCCAUCGAAAUAUUAAAUAAGACAUACCCCGCCCAGCGAUCUCUCACCUCUCCAGCAACAAUAUCUGAAUCAUUACCAUCCUUAGAGACCAGAAAUGUUAGGACUAAUAAUGCCCUUAUGGGCCCUCCCCGACUACCGCCCCCCAAAGUGCAAACCCAAAAUACUUCCAAAUCAAAACCCAAAUCAACCUCCAUGUUACCUCCUUCGCGACCUUCAUUAAAUGUCUCACCCCGUCCUCUACAAUCCGUAGCUGCCUCCCUCCGCGUACCCUUGUCCCGAGGCCUCACCUCUAGUACCCUCGCCCCGGUCCAAAUUCACGGAAAGACGCAGCCGUCUCGACAAGUCAAACUUGAGCCUGGCCAUUCGCCACUCGAUUGGGCAGCGAUAUCAUCCAAUCCUAACCACAAACUCCGUGGAGAGAAUCUUCCACCAAUGCUAAUACAUGUAACACCAUCGAUGUUGAGAGAGCAUAACGGAAGGAAAGGGCAAGACGCAUGGACGUCAUACUUGGGUAAGGUUUACAACAUAACCCCUUACCUUCCAUUUCAUCCGGGUGGGAAAGGAGAGCUAUUGCGCGGGGCAGGGAAGAAUUCCGAGAAACUCUUUGCAGAGAUUCAUCCGUGGGUUAAUUGGGAUGGGAUGCUUGGGGAAUGUUUGGUUGGGAUACUUGUUAGUGAGGAUUAUAAGGGGAGUGGCAGUGGGGGAGACUUAGAGGAGAUGGAUUGA